AUGACCGUGGCCGUGGCCGUGGCCGUGGGACAUCCGUGCCACCUAGCGGUGCGCUCCGGAAGGGUCGCCGACUCAGAGGGCGGCUGGCUUCCCUGUGCCACCCCCCCGCCACCGGUCCGUGUCUUUGUGAACCAGCUGUACCAGCCAGAAUCAGUGAGGGAUGUGAGGCAAAACCCUGACCUGCAAGCCAUCCGCAUUGCCUCGGUGAACCCCAUUUUGGACCCGUGGGUCUACAUCCUCCUCCGCAAGACUGUGCUCAGCAAAGCCAUCGAGAAGAUCAAAUGCCUCUUCUGCCGCAUUGGAGGGGCUCGGAGGCAGCACUCGGGGGGCAAUUUCAACUGCGUGGAUGGCCGCAGGACCUCCUCCGCCAUGUCAAGUCAGUCACCCUCCUUCAUCUCCCGUGAGCUGAGGGAGAUCAGCAGCACCUCACAAACGCUGCUCUACCCUCCGGAGUUAAGUGAAAGCAGCGUCGGGGGUCGCGUGCUGCUUCCGGGCCCCAGUGCCAGCUUGGCUCAGUCUGACACCACCUCAGUAAGGACACUGCGUAGCUCUGAGACCUCGGACUCUUCGCAGGGGCAGGACUCCGAGAGUGUCUUCCUGGUGAAUGAAAUCAGGUCUGGUGGCAGGGCCAGCUCUACAUCCAAGGGCAGCCCUCUCCAGGUCACCUUCCCCACAGAGACAUUGAAUUUAUCAGAAAAGUGUAUAUAG